AUGGUGAGCGACGAAGAUACCGACUACGAAACCCUUCCUGUUGGACCUCCACAGCAUCGCAAGCCUACGACCAAGACGUAUUCGAAGAAAGCCAGGCAGCGGGCGACUCGAUCGGCCCCCGCAGCAGUAGAAGUGAAGGUGCCCACCGUCGUGCCUGGGAGCAAUGAAGAUGGUGCGACGACCAGUUCGGAGGAGGUGGAUACCGCUUUGACAUCCAAGGGGAAGAGGGUCAAAGGAAAUCGACGACAGCGAAUAGCAUCGGAUGGGCGUCUGCGAGGGCGGGAAGGCCAUGCGGAAAUGGACGAUGUGCGGGCGACGGAGAAGGCGCGCGAGCGGGAGCCGAAGGAACAGGAGGUCCGUGCCUGGGCUCUGACUAUCACUGUUCGACUUCGAUCAGCUGGGUCGCCCGGGUGUACUGACUUUUUGAUCUGAGCGAUAAAUGCAGAAUGUGAAGACUGUUACUUCGACGCAGGCACCCGAGUCGACAGAGGAAGCCGAGACAGCGAAGGCUCCUCUUCCGGGAGCCGAUCCGAUCUGGCCAUCGACGGCCGGCACUCGUGACACCAGGGUUUCGCGAGCGAAACGUCCCAUAGAAGCAAAGAUCCCGUUCCUCCCACAAUUCUCUUCGACCGUUCCUCCGAAGGAACAAUCGUCAUCAUCUAUUUCUACCUCGAACCGUGUCGGACUCCCCGAUCCAUUUGUGGACUCAGCUCGGACCGUGAUGCGCCCUCGUUCGAAGAAGGCCUCGGCCCUCAGCGACAAAUCCAAUUUACCCAAAAGAUCAUGUGUUACAUCUUCCAAGCUCAAGGAAUCAACCGAAAUGCCUAGCCUCGAAUCGAUGUCGCUGCACGGGGGUGAACAACCAUCCGAGGCGGAAGCUAUUCGCUCGAACGCCCCUGGGAGGACUGGCUCACACUCCAAGUUGACCAAGCCGACCAAAAAAGUGCCUACGCAAUCGACCAUGGGUAUCUUUCACGACCCUUCUCCAGCUGAAGCCGAUGCGAAGAAUGACAAGAAACCACACGCCCGUGCUUUGCGCACCAGCUCGAAGAGCAAAGCUCAGGCUUGCGCAGCAACCGUCGUGCCCGUUUCAUCAGUCGAGACGCCUUCGUUGUCGAGUGCAGGAAGAGCUCGCUCUCUACACCUCUCUCUGGGAUCGCAACGCAGUGGCUACGGUCAGCUCCCACCUCCCACUGUUCCAAUCGCGGCUGGCGCCGAAGAAUCCUCUCAUUCCUACCACCCCUCGGAGGAUGACUUAUCGCGCCAUUCAUCCAUCGUGAUCGAGACGUACGAAAUGACCGAGCGCGAAGCGUCCGAGUCGGAUGAAGAAGGGGAUGAGACCAUUCAAGCGGCGAUCAAUCCACUGAUUGCCAAUCCAACCGUAUAUGGGCAGGAAGUGCUUAAUCACGCGGAAUCGGAGGAAGUGGUCCCCGCACCGGGUGAAGUUGAUGUCCACCCGACUGGAGGGGACUCGAGCCCGGAGGAAGCGACAGGGAUCCAGACGCCCGACGCCCACAUGACGAUGGCCGAACCAGUUCUCGCAACCAAAGGACCCGAACAGCUUCCCGAAUCUGAGUUCCUCAGCCCUGGUCGAGCCCUCCCACCUCGCCAUCGACAAUUACCCCUCGCGCAGCCUCGGCCCGGAGGACCCGGAUCAGACGAGGAUGACUUGGCGUACUACCUCGCCAUUACUGCGACGAGUUCAUCGGGCGACGAAGAGCAACAGGAUGCUAGGGAUCGAGAGCAGUGGCUUAAAGGAGAAGCUGAGGUCGGCAAAGGGGUCGAGCCGGGUUGGACGAUGGAGCAGGCGCAGGCGAGGAGAAGGUACAUCUUGAAGAAGUUGCCGGAUCUUCAAGGGGAGGAAGAUAGUGAUGAUGAGUUGAACCUACGUGGAGAGGUCUCGAGGCGGGAUGAAGAGUAG